GAGGCAACGACUGCUGACCCGUCAUAUUGAUCGACCUGGAUCCGCAAUUCGCCUCUAUCCGAUUGCGCGGCUCGGGGGUGGCGCUUCGCGGGCUGCGCCGCGACGCUCUCCGCACGCACAAACGUUAGCGUAGUUGCAACCACUGCACCUGCUCGCACUGGAUCCUCGUUCUACCCUAUCGUGGGAUCGUCCGUCGCCAUGCUGGUGGUGCAGUGAUCGAGGGAUCUGUCAGAGACAUCGAACGAUCGACGUGAUUUCGUGUGAUUCGCACCCCGAGGUGCUGCAGAAGGUGGAAAUCUGUGCACCGACCCUCAAUCCUCUUCCUUCAAUUCCAGUUACGACAACUCGGGAUCAUUUCACUAUGAGUAGUGUACGUAUCGAAGGAUCGCCAGCCCCCUCCGUCGAUGACGGUGACGUAAGACUAACGAGAAGUACUAUCCAAUGCACAACGGUCCCCACAAGAAUAUGAAACCGCAUCGUUACAACAGUGAAAACGGUUCACACCGGAACAGUUGUCGUUCCUCGUAGCAGACCGUCGACGAAACGAACUAAACUGCGACACGUUUUCUUUAACAGCCGGUGUCUUUUAUCUCUUCGGACAUUCUCGCUUCAUACACGCUUCGUCAAACAAGAAUCGUCACCGGUAUCUCAAAAGUCGGUCGCCUGACGAGCGAAUGCAACUCGGCGAGUUGCACACGGCUGGCGUCGUUGUUUUAAGGGUGGAAAACGUGACACACCAUGAAAGCAGAUAACAAGUGAGAAGUCGCCACGAAAACCAUGGGGACGAAUUGCUUUAUAGCGGCGGCAAUUGUACUCGCGGUUGCCACCGUCUGUCGCGCGGAGUGCCAGACUCGCUCCGUUUACUGCUACGAAUGCGACUCGUGGACGGAUCUGAGAUGCAAGGAUCCUUUCAACUACACUGCGCUCCCUAGGGAUCAACCACCCUUGAUGACCUGCAAUGGCUGUUGCGUCAAAAUGGUUCGCAAUGCGAAAUCACCCUACGAAAGUGUGAGACGGACCUGCACUUCGCAGCUACAGAUAAAUUUAUUCAUGGUGGACCACGUGUGCAUGAUGGAAAGUACCGGCACUGGUCACAUGUGCUUCUGUGAGGAGGAUAUGUGCAAUCGUGUCUCCCCGACCUCGUGUUCGAAUCCCGUACUCCUGACGAUCCUGUCGAUCAUCCUUGUACUACGCUCGGUCAUCGUACGGGUCCCAGCUUGCUUUGUAGAACGUUGCAAUGGUCACGUUGUAUAACACUGAUUUACUCGACUCACCCGCAGUGGUUUUCCGAUCAUAUCCUCGUAGACGUUUAGUUCUUAGUCGGCGACACGAACUACCCCUCUACUUUGUCGGGAAGAGCGAGCUCGAAUAAUAGAAACUGUCCUUUUCUAUGGGGAUAGAAAGAAAAGUUAGAGGUAAGGUACCGUGUUGCUUCGCAGAGAAGAGGAGGCUCGACAAAUAACGAUCAUCUUGAAUUACGAAGUUUCAUAUUGUAAAUGGACCCAGCAAUCAAGAGCUUUUCUCUUCUUCUCUUACGAAGAUCUUGCACUCAGCGUAUCGCUCGUCCCGACACACAUUUUUUCUCUCUCUCUCUCUCUCUCUCUCUCUCUCCCCCUCUCUCUCUCCCUUUCUCUCUUUCUGUCUCUCUAUUCGACAUAGAAAGUAGCAAGAGACCUCAAACGUGUUCUGUGUAGACAAAUCAUUCGACUCUCUAUCACUCUCACGAUUUUUCUCACGAGCCCUUACAUCUCUUUUAGUUCGGUGGCUCCAUGGGGGACACCGUUCGGCAUUGCUGUAAUGAAUUCGUGAUACGUGCACUGGAAAGGAAACUGUCCCUGUCAGACAUGCACUCGUGACCUGAACAAUUCGUUACUCGGGUUUUUCGUCCGUCUUGCACGAAGCUACCAAGCACUUUAACCCCUUGCGGUCUGAGUAGAAUGACGUUCAACUGAUACGGUAAUCUGAUAAAUUUAUAGAAUUAAUCGACGUGAUUUUGCUACGCGAAAGUGCGAUGAUUGAUCCUUUCUCUGAGGAACUGCUAGGGGUUAAACGAUUCGAAUCCCUUUUUUCCCAAUGAAUGUGGUCAAAGAAAGCCUCGAUUUUCGGGAACGAAGUGGAAAAGGGUGUCACGCGUUUGAAUUUGCCAGGAAGUGCCGCGUCACACGACGAGACUCGGAUAUCAUUGAGCCUCUCGGGAUACGAAAGUUUGUUUUCAACGAAACGGUUCUGCAUGUGAUCGAUUUAUUUGUCCAAAUAUUAUUUGACUCGUUCAUUGAUUCUAUUUUCUUGUAUUCAUUGCAUCUUCUGCAACCCUUUUUGACUCUCAUGAUGCAUCUGUUCGUGAUCACAUAGAGUACGGCUUCAUGGGAAUAGAGAUGCUUUCGAUACCUACAGCGACCUAGGUAUUUACGCGUCGGAACGAUUCGUUGGAAUGUUUCUCAGUAGAGUUCUGUCACCCGCUUGACGCCACCCUCGUCCUGUACCAGGUCCGCCAUGUUCCCCAACGAUCAUAGAACACGAAAUUACGUGACGUAGGUAUAUGAUACUCGCAAAAGUUGUCCGAUCAUUGCAAGACACCUAGGAUGUCAGUGUGUGUUACUUUGGUUCCGUUACCUCACACAUUUGCCCGCUUCUCCAUCGCGUGCGUCUUGCACUUGAGAGCGACAGACCAUUUUGUGGAUGAUUUCUUGGAGUGACGAAGGAUAACCGAGCGGAGACACGGAGAGAUGCAGUAAGAAUGGAAAUUAGACGAUUGUUCCGAUGCAUAGAAGUCGAUUGUUCAGUUGCCGUUCGUUAAUACUUCAAAUGCCCGUAGAACUGGUCUAGCUAACAUUUGAUACGCCACGUUUGUAUUAUCGAGAAGUACCGAUCAGCGUUAACAGUAACAGUCUACUGCUUUCGAAGUGAUAGAAAAGAGGAUAGAUUCUAUAGCGAUAACGUAAUAUUGUAAAUAAUUAUUUACUACAUUAAAUACCGACGAAACAGUAGAGUAUGUCUCGUACGAAGAUCUUAAGAGAACGGUUCAAAGUGGCGUCUUCGAAAAGAAGAAUUUUAAUCCAGAUGUUAGUGGAAGUUAAAUGACAUUCGACGUCUAUGCACAAACUUUGAUUCUCAUUCGAUCGAAACCUUCCGCCGUUUUACCAUUUCAUUAGUACUUGUAUCUUGGUAUAAGUCUCUCGUUGUUGCUGUGCUGUUUAUUGUUCUUCGUCACUGCAACGUCCUGUGAACGUUAACUCAUUAGCUACCCUUACGGGACACCGGUGUUUGCGCAUAUUGCACCCUAAGAAAGCGAAACGGGAAUGGGUCACGGUACAACCCCAGCUUAAGGUAGACCACGGUCAGGCCGCAUGGUUUUGGUAUACCCAUUCGAGAACAACGUCAUCAAUGGCAACGACGGCAGUCAGCGAGCACCGACUACAGCAUUUUUCGUGUUCUACGUUUCUCGUGUUUACCCGCGCGCGUGCAUUUUGUAAGGUCUGUGAACAUUGAUCUCUGGCUUUUCGAACUGUUGGAAACGAAGCUGGCGGACGGCGGCCAUAUUGAUCCGCCAUUUUGUGACGCUGCGAGUACGCAAUUGACAAUAACGGCGUGGCUAUUGGAGAGAGUAACGAAAUCGGUAGAAAUUCUUUUUGUUAAAUAUACUGCAUGAAAAGUUGAAUUAGUGAAUUUAAGUUAAUUAGAAAAUUCGAAGAUUUGUGAUCUCAUAAUCCAAAAUUUACAGAAAGCGAAUAGUAAUUGUUAAACUUUCAUUUAUGAGUUUACUUACCGGACAAAAUCUAUGGAAAAUAAGAAUAUUGUGUUUUAUUUAGAGAAGCUAAUGACAGUGUUGAAUUCUCAGUUAAAACGACUUUAAUUUUGACGCCAAACGAGACAAGAAAGCAGAGGAAAUAAAGUCCCUGCGAAACAGAUCUGCCGAAAGUGCGCGCGCGCGUGGCUGUGUACCACGGUAGAGUUAGUGAGUUCUGCAAUCAAGUAUUUAGCAGGAGUGUGUUCACAAGUAUUUAGAAAGGAGCUACUCUGAGUGCAUGGAUUGUAGCACCUUCGGUAUAGUGUGUUGAAACUACUGACAGAGGAACAUUUCAGCAACUUCCACCUUAAAGACCUUCGGAUUGAACUCGAUAGAACUGCUUCGACGUAUAACAUUCUUUGUACAUCUAUAAUACCUAGAAUAGAAGAAAAAUAUUCCUCUGUCUGUGAACGUUCAAGUCUCCGUGCAGCAACACCUUGCAUGACACUUGCAUGGAUACUAGUAAUUUUGCGACAGAUAAUAGAACUCCAUGUCCGUAGCCGUUGUUUCGAGAAGAGACAGUCUUCCAAGAUCUAAACAAGAAAAAAGAAACAAUUCAAGUUUAUUAAUUAUCGCAUCGCUGUAACUCCGAGCAAUGAAGCUCGUUUAAAAUCUGUAACUUGAUGUCCUCACGUUUCAAAAGAAAAUUGCAACGGGAUCAAGAAUAUAAAUUUUUCUAACGAAUUUGAUAUACGAAGAGGAAGUCUGUUUCCAUUACGAAGAUUCGGCUCGAAAUACAGUAACCCGAACACGAAACCUUCCACCCCGACGAAUGCUACGCGAGGCAGAUCGAACAAACAAAGCACAACGUGGGCCUUCAGCUUCGAACGUGCCACGCCAUACGCGCAUCAUCUUACCGAGGAUCUUGAUAGGUCUUAGCUUCAGGCUUCGAAAAUGCGAUCGCGGUAUCUCUCGGCACGCAAAAAACGAGGACUCGAUCGCAAGAAAGCGACGUCGACCCGCUCGAGUGCUCGAGCUUACACGACCACGCGACUGAAUGGAGGAUCUGGCUGGCACGGCCAAGUUGAACGCGCAUGUCCUCACAGAGAGGCUUCCUAAGCGAAGCUUCUUGCCAAACAAGCUUCGGUGCUUGCGAGAUAAAGCGAGCUAACCGGUGUUUCUCUGGCAAGCCAUGCGGCUCGUGUCGCGUCAUUUGUUCAUUGUCGCACGCGCGGCUGCGAGGCUACCGUUUCUGGCCCCAAUCUUUUGGUUUCUGAACCUUGCCCUUCCUUUUUGAACUCCCACUUCGCUGUUGGUCGACCGGUUCAGCCUGGUGUCUGCUGUGUUCGCUGGAAUAGAAUUGGAAUGUCUGGGCGCAGACAGUUUCGUUGUAUCCUAUGAAUAUCUGUUAAUUGAAUUGUUUUAGAACUAAGACAGUUGGAAGAAGUAAAGUAGAAUAUCGAUAAAUUGUUCAGUUAUAGAGGUUCAUAUUGCAGAAAGUAUUUUGAUGUUGCAAUGAGCAUUGAAGUUUAAGAACGCCUUUGAAAAUAGGUAUCUCUCGAAGAACAAAUUCAAAUGUUUGAUAAGCUGAAAUCUAGAGCAAAAGUAUCAGCUAUAGUUUAAGAAUGUAAUUUACGAGUAUCCGUACUUUCAGUGAAAGUAACAAAACGUUCAUUAUGCAAGUAAAUUUAAGAAAUUCUCGUUCCCAAUUGAUCAAUCAACUAAACGGAUUAAAGCGAAUGGUAUAAACUGAUUAAAACAAAGAAUGCAGCAGACGCAACAGGAACGCUAGAAACGACAACACAGUAUCAGCAUGUGACACGGGUGAACUUAAUUUUUGAGUCUGGCCUCGCAGCCGGAAAGAAUCCACGUAUUGCUACCGAUACGAGUACCAUGCGAAGUAAUGGCGGAUGUGCUGAGGCGAAUCUUAAGCAGCUCGAUCGAGCACGAUUCGGAUUUGACGCGUCUAAAACGUCUCGUUCCUGUGGGAUCUCUGAUCGGAUCAUCCUCGAUUCUCAAGCACGCGAACUAUCUUCCGACACCAAAGUCGAUUCUUUCGUCGGGACCACUUCUAACAGUGAACGAUACCCAUCGGCGUCAUGUUUGCUCGUUGAAGAUCGAAACUGCUUGGGUAUGUCCGAGAUCCGAUACUCUGAAUCCGCUUUUCUUACACGAAAACUCAUAUAUAUAUAUAUAUAUAUAUAUAUAUAAAUAUAUAGAUAUUCAAGUGCUUGCAUUAAGGAUCAAAGAGAUCAUUGAUAUUGAUGUACACUUCUGUCUGUCGAACGAAACUCGAUGUUACUUGCGCCGAAAUGUCAGACCCAACGUGACGACACAAAGCUCUACUACACUGUUUUAUCUCGCUGUUGACGGAAACAUUUUGCGCAUACUGAAUGGCGUAUGAUCGAUAUUUUACGAUGCAAGUGUCAAGAAAUCCCUUCUGUAUUUUACGUGUCA